AUGGCCCCCUGCGACCCCGACCUCGUCGAUCUGGCUUCAGCCUAUGGUGUUUGCACCAACCCCGGCGCGCUGCUGCCCGCCGACCGCAAGUACGACUGCCUGCUGUCCUUCCGGUACCAAGGUGGCACCGACAAGGGCCUGGUGGAGCAUGUGGUCAACAUGCACCCGGGAGGAAACUGCUUUUUUCCCGGCUGCGGCGCGGGAGAAGGCCCGGGCCCGGGACACUUAGCCGUUGGGGGUCUUCGGGACCACCUCCGCCACCAGCACCCGGUAAUCCUGGUGCAGGUGCAGGUGCUGGAGCCGCAGGAGCCGCAGCCGCAGCCGCAGCAGCAGGGCCAGCAACAGCAAAUGGUCCUCGUCACGAAGACGAAUCACGUGUGCUGCUGGCCCGGCUGCCAGAAGGACCCGCUCGAGGGCUCCGGCGCCGACCGUUGUGUUCGCUGGCACAACUACACGGAGCUGGCCCAGGGCUUGGCCGGAGACUUGGUCCUGGCCAACGAGGAAGGCGAAGCCCUCGAGUCCACCGACAAGAUCAUCAACACCGCCGGCUUCAUGAUCAACUCGGCCCUCCAUAUUCGAUUGCGGAAGAAGAGCAAGAAGCGAUCACCAAGGCACUGGGUCCGUGUCCAGGCGUACGGAGAAAGCGUUGGGGAGGAUGCGGGUUACUACAUCGCGUUGAAGAGAGUAUGCCACACUCAGCUUCUGACUGAAGCCGCGGCGGCAGUUGGGAUUGCCAAUAAGCCCAUCGAUCCCGAGCAGGCGGGCUAUACCAGGCAGAUGAGCACGCCCGGGUUCAUGCACAUGCAGUUCGUCUCUGGCAUCACGGGAACGGCAACCGUCAACGCCCUCGCCAACCGACCAGAGUACACAGAGAUAUACACGCUCUCACGCUCGCAGAAAUCCGAGCACAGCUCCAAAGUCAAGCACGCAACACUAGACCUGCAGUCCUCAGCAGACUCGAUGGCGCAACCCCUAUCGCACAUCCCGCCCGCGACGCACAUCUACUUCUGCGCGUACCUAGCAGACCUCGACGAGGCCGAGGCGACGCGCAUCAACAGCGCCAUGCUGACCAACUUCCUCGCCGCGCUGCAGUCGUUCGUCCUGACGUGCGGACUCAAGCAGUACGGCGUGCACCUGGGCCAGCCCAAGAACCCGAUGCGCGAGGACGACGACCCGGCGCUGUUCUGGCUGGAGCAGGGGGACCGCCCGCCCAACUUCUACUACGCGCAGCAGCGCAUCCUCGAGAAGGCCGCUGCGGAGGCGGGCGGUAAGUGGUCGUGA